UUCCAACUCGCCAAUGAAUUGAGAGUACUGAUCGCAAGGGUGAUCAAGAUUUAAAAAAAAAAAAAAAGAAAAGAAAAGAAAAAAAGGAAUACUAUUUUUGUGUUAACAUUUUCUGAUUUUCAACUUGAGUUUGUCCAAGAUCCAUAACCUCCCAACUGAUCAACAACAAACAUUGUUGUCUCUAUACUGGGAAUGUGGGUCGAUACUUGAAUCUACUUUCCAUGCUGCUCUCGAGCUUAAUUUGUUUGAGAUAAUUUCGAAAGGCAGCGCCACCGCUAGUUCUGGCGCUGAUGAUGAUGCUGACCAUCAGCUCUCACCAGCAGAGAUUGCAUCUCAUCCGGAGAUAAUCGACAGAAUGUUUCUUCUUCUAGCUAGCCAUUCUGUAGUGAAGUGCACUGUUGUUUAUGAUGACAACAAAGGGGUGAAAAGAUUAUAUGGUUUGACUCCCUUGUCAAGGUGCUUUUUACCUGAUGAACAUGGAAACUCAAGAGCUCCACCUUUGGCAUUUCUCCGCCACAGUGCUUAUAUCCAUACUUGGAAAAAAUUGAAAGAUGCGGUGCUAGAAGGAGGAAGUCCAUUUGAGAGGGCAAAUAAUGGUUUGAAUUUAUUUGAAUACGGUGCUGAAGACCCGAGGUUUGGAAUGAUAUUUGACGAGGCAAUGCAGUCAACGUCAACUAAUUUCAUGAUAGAAAUUCUUCAAUCCUACAAGGGAUUUGAGAAUGUAAAAGUAUUAGUUGUCGGUGGUGGAUUUGGGGCUACACUUGAUAUGAUUAUUUCCAAAUAUCCUUCCAUCAAAGGAAUCAACUUUGACGUGCCUCAUGUACUCAAAAGCGCUCCCACUCGGCCAGGCAUUGAACACGUGGAGGGCAAUAUGUUUGAAUGGGUUCCAAAGGGAGAUGCGAUGGUAAUCAAGCGAGUACUUCAUGACUGGUCAGAUGAGAUUGCCACAAAGAUACUAAAAAAUUGCUUCCAAGCGUUACCGGACUCUGGCAAAGUGAUAGUCAUUGAAGUUAUUGUUCCUGAAUCCCCAGAGGGACUUAGUUCUUUGUCACGACUUGCUUUAACUCAUGAUAUGAAGAUAUUUUCAUUCACACCAAAUGGAAAAGCCAGGACUGAGAAACAGUUCGAUGAUCUUGCUAAGUCGGCUGGUUUUGCGGCUUCGAAAGUUGCUUGUCGUACCUUGGAAUAUUGUGUCCUUGAACUUUACAAAACCUAGCCUUAAUUUCCCCAAGUUAUUUCUAGUACUAUAAAAUGUUUAGCCCAAAGAGCGUACAAUUAUAAUUCUUUUGGGCAUUCAUUUGAAUUUUAGUUCAUAAGUGUGAGGAGCGCUCCUACAAUACGCUCUUCUGAAAAUAAGAGUCAACAGACCAUUUGGAUUAUUGUAAUAAUUUGUAUUAUGUUUGAUUGUAUGUUUUAUGUUUUUAUGCAGUUCAACC